AUGUCGAUCCCAUCACGGGCAUCUGGCAACGGCCGGAUCAAUGACGCCAGAGACGAGCCUCCACAGGCUGCAAAAUAUCAAAUCGAAGGAGGAAGUGGUCUACCAAGCCCCAACCUUAGUAUUCUAGAUACACUAAAUGGGUCACUCGCAAACAGUGCGAGGAAACAAAGGCAUCACCCUGAUCUCAACAGGCCUGUAGCUAGCCCAAGUCAAAGCGAUAGGAUUUGGAAGUUAUAUCAGGAUGCGGCGAUGGAAUUGCAUCGCAGGCCUCCAUUACGCACGCAAGCCUCGCCUAAUUCGAAAAGAUCUCGCUUACCCCUAAUGCAAGCUCGCAAUACAAGGUUUGGUCAGCUAGGUACAAGUGUCAGAAGCCCUUACAGUUACCGGAGUCCACCAAAGUACCCUCAAUACGCGUCACCAGGCGAGAACCAUGAUAUUGAAGGCCCUGUGGAGCCAUUCAGUAGUGGCUAUGCUGCACGCAUGACCAGGCCAGAUGCCUGGAACCUAGCGGACGACUGCAGUGCUGACCAGGUUUACUCAAGUUCGCCACCAGAACAACAGAAGGCUGACACCAGCUCCGAAGACGGAGAAGGAGGAAUACCAUUGCCACUAUUCAGAGCUGACGCUGACCAUGGAGAAACCAACCACGCUGACAUUGACGCUUGGCUCACUGGCUUGGAAGGGGCACAGGAUCCAAAAACAUCUCUACUCAGGGUUGCAGGCUUAGAUUCAAGCGUCCCAUUCUCAAAGCCUACCGCCACGAGAACGUCCAGCUCCAAAGAGAACAUCUCACCGACCUAUCGCUUAUCCCCACCGCACCCACCAGUAACUUACAGCGCUAUCUCCACACCCUCUCGUUUUCGCAUCCCCAGCAGACACCGCAUAAUUUCUCAAACACCCAAGACACCCACUCGCUUCGCCCACCCCAGCACGCCUCACGGCCACCUUUCCCUCCCUCCAAAACGCCGACAACGUCUGCCGACCGCUCCACCUUCCACACCUGUCCCUGUCUAUCACUCAGCGUCCAGCAGCGACAACUCCGACCCCCACAAAAAGGGUAUCAUUGUUUACCCAUCGCUCAAACCUGAUCCACCACCCUUCGCUAUCCACGAAGACGCCGAUUGUCGCCUUUCGCCGCCACCACAGCCACCACCAGCAAUUCCCAACAACGUCAACGUCAGAGAUGUCGCGAGCACCUCGCCAGCUCCCGCACCCAAAAAUUUCACUGUCUCCUCCUCGCACAUCCCCGCCGCUCUACUAACACUCAGCCCUGCAGUCUCAAUCCGCCGUAGACGUAGGCGGGCUCGCUGGGAUACUGACACCGUCCCUAAACCUACGGAGAAUUGCACGUUGGAUGUGCCGGAGGUCCAGGGGUCAGACGAUAGAGACACUGAUAUUGACCUAUUUCCUGAAGGUAAGACGAAGCGUAUCAAGAAAAAGAAGAGCGGGAGAAUGGACGGGGGUGGUAAGGGCGGUAAAGGUGGCGCGAAGGAGAGAAAGGUCCUCGCUGAGCUAGAGGUGGCGAAGGAGAAGGCGUUCAUGGAUGAGGCGGAGGACUGGGAUUUUGAGUUCUCUGCUUUGCUUGACGAGUAG